AUGGGAAGAUGGGCAGCCACGAAACAUUGGGUAUGCCUGGCAUCUCGUUCCUUCAUUAUUUGCAUGACGGCCUUUUCUCGCGAAACGGGAACUCGGUUGCCAGGGACAGGGUGGUUCGUGCAGGCGCUGCCUGUAGCCGACGCGGACCGCCUGCCGCGAGAGACAAAUCGAUCUGCUUCGCCAGUCUUGCAUGUAGGGCGGACUUCAGCAGUCGCUGCGGACAUCGUGGUGGGAGCGGAUGGCGUGGCAUCAGCGGUUCGCCAGGCUUUAUGUGAGCAAGGCGUGGCAGCAAACCAGAGCCGCUUUGCAGAUCGGCGGCCGAUCGUCUACCGAGUGCUGGCGAUCCCCACUGCUGAAGGCGAUCGGACAGAUUUGAACUACUCAGCGCGAAACGACAAUGUAAUCGUGGAGGCGCUUCCCAAUGUCGAGGGGAGCCUGCUUGGCGUCAUCCUCUUCCGGCCAACGGACGAACGAAUACAGGGUUUGAAUUCAGGAGCUGAGGCCAAAGCAGUGUUCCAGGAGUUGUUCCCGGAGUGGCCCACACCUCUCAUCCCGGACCAUGAGUGGGAAGCUUUCGCAAGAAGGCGUACGCGUGAACUACCGCAGUUUGCCUUCGCUGGGCCGCAGCUGAGCCUAGAUGGGAAGAGUUGUCUCCUCGGCGAUGCGAUCCACUCCGUGAAGCCCUUUUUCGGACUUGGUUUGAACAGUGGCUUCGAGGACAUCAGUGUUCUCGAUGAAUGCCUGGAGGAGGCAGGCUGCGAUCCUCACGAAGCCUUGCAGCUGUACAGCAGGCGCCGUGCUCCGGAGGCAAAGUGCCUGGUGGAGUGCCAGCGUCGCUUCGACCAGCCAACGGACCUGCGGUUUGCCCUGGCUUUUGUCCUGCCCUUGGUGCUAGACAGCAUCUUCAGCAAAGCUUUGCCGGCCAUUUUCGGACCCUCCAUCUUGGCCUUGUUCCAGGACGGGGAGCUCUCAUUUACUGCAGCACGCCGGCGAAAGCGUCGAGAUCGAGCGCUGCAGGUGCUUCUCCUUCUGGGCUUCCUUUCGGUCUCGGCGAUAGCUGCAGGUGGUGCUGUCCGAUUGGUUUGUCACCUACUUCGUCGGGCUGCGCCCCAUCAUGCUUUAGCAUGGUUGCACCUCCACCACGAGCUGCUGUAG